AUGGCUACAGUGGUCGUGCAGCAGCAAACGCUGCGCCAUCCCUCCCCUCCACCGACCGGCAUCUCUCCGUCCUUGGGAAUCAACCGAAGUUCUUCUCCGAUCCCGAAUAGACACCUACCCGUAUGCCCCACGGGCCCAUCCCCGGACGCCACACCUUCGACGACCCAGGAUGACCUGGGUGAUCAAUCUCCUUCCUCUUUGCUCUCUCCGCCGGAUGCGUUCUCCCGCAUUUCGGAGUCGCCUCCGUUGUAUUCCAUAGAUGCAUUCUCUCUAUCUGCGGCUCUCAACCAUUGUGCGUCUCAGCCGUUGCCAGAUCCCAGUCUGGUCUUCCCAUGGCUGCACGGUCUCCACCCGGAGAACCACCUGCAGCUGGGAUUUUUCACCCACCGAAAGCGCGCUCUCAGGGUCACUCCGAAAUGCUGGCGUGGGAUUACAUUGGUGAAGGUGGGCGGCGAUCUCGCUACAGCGAGGCUGAAAGGUGCCGUGGGCCCGGAGGAAAUACUGUCAUCCUCGGGUCUGGAUUUUUUGGCCGCCGAUCCUCGGGAGGGGUUCUCAGUGCGCAAUUUUCAGAUCCAGACAGCCAAGCUGGCGCCAUUGUCGGACAUCGUCGUGUACGGGGAGGAGGGUUGCGACAAAGGACAAAUUAUGGAGGUUGCGGGGAGCAUUGCGACGGCGCAGCAGCACUGGAGGCUCCAAUUUGAUCCUCAGCAGUACUUGCAGGCGUAUAAUACCUUUGUCCUCUCAACACCAUUUUGCAAAAUCGAGCAGCACACCCCGGAGCUGGUGGCUGUCAACUCCCUCGGCCAGCUGACGGGACAAGUGGUCGAUUUCUUCCAAUGGGAACGGGUUGAGAUGUGUGAGAUGUCCCGGGCAUCGGAGAUUUCCACCAAUGUCUGGCAAGGUCCUACCCCGGAUCAUCUGCUGAGGAUGGGGUCGGGUGGCCCUGCAGCUGGUGAAUCCUAUGAUCUGUUGAUUGAGGCGAGUGACCUGGCGAGCAUGCCUGGUCCUCGCUAUUUGGCAUCGCUCAACGAACAGAUCGAAAAGGGACCGACACGGUUGGAGUUCCCAGCAUCCGGAUCGAUCCUCUUACCCUCCGGUGAAAAUAGGGAGCUAGACGACCUGGUGACCACGCUGCGGUGGAUCUAUUAUCUAGCGAACCCAGAAGAUACAGGGUCCCCGAGGGAUCUAGAUGCGGAUGGGGAUAUUCAGAUGGUCCCUCUUUCAAAUAAGCCCCGCAAGGUUUUGGUGCACUGUCCCGAUGGAUAUACUGAGAGUUCGCUGCUCGUUAUUGCGUAUGCGAUGUUCGCAGAAGGCAUCCCUGCGCACGAGGCGUGGCUUAGGCUUCACAGCGACAAGAAGCGGAACUUCUUCGCUUAUCCGUCCGACGUGACCUUUUUAAGCAGCGUGCAGACAAGGUUGCUGCAGGAGAGCCCGGCCACCCACUCGCACAGGCCUACCUGCCAUCCAGAUCCCCAAUGGUUUCGCUGGUGCGACGGCUCUCUCCCGAGCCGCAUCUUGCCAUACAUGUAUCUUGGAAACCUCGCUCAUGCGAACAACCCAGGCAUGCUCCGGGCACUUGGAAUUAAGCGUGUCCUCAGUAUUGGCGAAUCCGUAUCGUGGCACCACGUGGAGGCCGAACAACUAGGGUCGGAGAACCUGAUGCAUAUCACUCAAGUUCAGGACAACGGUGUCGACUCGUUGACAAAAGAGUUUGAUCGAUGCCUGAAUUUCAUUCGCAAGGGAAAGGAAGAUGGCACCGCCACUCUAGUCCACUGUCGGGUGGGGGUCUCCCGCUCGGCAACUAUCUGUAUCGCUGAAGUCAUGGAGUCUUUGGGGCUCUCUUUCCCGCGAGCAUAUUGUUUUGUGCGCGCACGAAGGUUAAAUGUCAUAAUCCAACCCCACCUGCGAUUUGUAUACGAGCUGCUCAAAUGGGAGGAGUUACAAAUCCAAAAGCACAACAAGCCUCUGAGGCGAGAGCUCGAAUGGUCUACCGUGGCCCGUGAGAUCGCUCUGAUGAACAAACCAUACUCAAGAUAG